AUGGACAGACAAGGGUCGAAGAAAAGACUGUUUGGGAAAUGGCACGGAGUUUGCCGUUUUGCGUUGUUCACUUGUUUUUUGGAUGCAGUCCGGGGACAGAUACGCUACUCUAUCCCGGAGGAACUGGAGCAUGGCGCGUUUGUUGGAAACAUUGUAGAGGACCUGGGCUUGGAUUUGGACAAGCUCUCUGCGCGCAGAUUCCGGAUAGUCUCGGGUGCCAAGAAGCAAUAUGUGGAGGUAAAUUUAGAAAAUGGAGUUCUAUUCGUCAACGAGAGAAUUGAUCGUGAGGAACUAUGCGAGCAGAGUUUGUCCUGCUCUUUUCACUUGCAAGUGGUCAUCGAAAGCCCUCUGGAGCUGUACAGGGUAGAGAUGGAAAUUAUGGACGUGAACGAUAACUCUCCCAGUUUCCCGUGGACCGAGUUCAAUCUGGACAUAUCGGAGUCUGCCGCGCCAGGGUCCCGCUUCCCACUUGAGAGCGCACAGGAUUUAGACGUCGGUUCCAACUCGCUGCGCACCUACUUGCUGAGUGUGAACGAGCACUUCCUUUUGGAUAUACAGACGCGUAGUGAUGGCAGUAAAUUUGCAGAACUAGUCCUACAGAACUCACUGGACAGAGAGCAGCAAAGUGCGCAUCAAAUGGUCCUAACUGCGGUGGAUGGAGGCGCACCGGAGAGAUCCGGCACUGCGCAAAUCGAUAUCACUGUUUUGGAUGCAAACGACAACGCGCCGGUGUUUGAUCAGUCGUUUUACAGAGUGAGGCUGGCGGAAAACGCACUCAAAGGCACAGUUGUCAUAAAACUAAAUGCGUCCGAUUUAGAUGAGGGUCCUAAUGCAGACAUCACCUAUUCAUUCAGCGGCCACGCUCCCAUCAAAGUGCGCCAGCUUUUCAGCGUGGACUCGCGCACGGGGGAAAUCAAAGUCAAAGGAGUGAUAGAUUACGAAAAGGCCAGGAUGCAUGACAUUUAUGUGCAGGCGAAAGACAAAGGGCCCUCCGCUGUAGCAGUCCACUGCAAAGUACUGGUGAAUGUUUUGGAUACAAAUGACAACCUCCCGGAGGUGAUCCUCACGUCGGUGUCUACACCUGUGCAGGAGGACGCGCCCCCGGGCACAGUGAUAGCCGUCAUCAGCGUGAUGGACAAGGACUCGGGUGAAAACGGGAAUGUGGACUGCGAGAUCCCACACCACGUUCCAUUCCAGCUCCACUCAUCCUUUAAGAACUACUAUACAUUAGUAACUUCAGAUUUUCUGGACAGAGAGGCAGUCGCAGACUACAACAUCACCCUCACCGCCCGAGAUAUAGGCUCCCCACCUUUAUUCACGAGGAAAACCAUUUUGGUCCAAGUGUCUGAUGUGAACGAUAACGCGCCCCGGUUCAAGCAGCCCUCCUACACUGUGUAUUUGACCGAGAACAACGCUCCGGGGGCAUCUAUUUGCUCGGUGACCGCACUAGACCCAGAUUAUGGUCAAAAUGCAUACCUCUCCUAUUCUAUAGUGGAUGGUGACAUACAGGGGUUGCACGUGUCCACGUACGUGUCCAUAAACUCAGACAAUGGGAACAUUUACGCGCUGCGAUCCUUUGACCACGAACAACUUAACAACUUCCAGAUCACUGUCCGAGCUCAAGACGCCGGGUUCCCGCCUCUGACUAGCAACGUCUCCGUGAACAUCUUUAUUUUGGACCAAAACGACAACGCGCCCGUUAUUGUGUCCCCUGUUCCGCAGAACGGCAGCGCGCCCAGCGGAGCAGUGCCCCGGUCCGUGGACGCCGGUUAUCUCGUCGCCAAGAUCAGCGCGGUGGACGCGGACGAGGGUCAAAACUCGCGUCUGUUUUAUCAGCUGCUGCAAGCAACGGACCAGAGCUUGUUCAGCAUCGCUCUGUACACGGGCGAAAUCAGGACGAUGCGCCAAUGUGUGGAGAGAGACGCCACGAGGCACAGAUUGGUCAUUCUUGUGAAGGACAAUGGUCAGCCACCCCUCUCGGCCACUGUUUCCAUCAUUCUGUCAGUGGUUGACAGCCUGCCAGAUUCGAAGCCUGAUUUGGGAGACCUGUCACUAAGCCCAUAUCACAGCUCCAACUUCACCCUGUAUUUAAUCGUGUCUCUGGGCGCCAUCUCCUUCACAUUUCUGGUGGCUAUCAUUGUCAUGGUUGCAGUGCGCAGACUGAAGGGCAGACCGUCCAGCCGAGAGUCUGACUUCCCCACGGUCAGCUGGAGUUGCGGGAGCUGCUGCUGCUGCUGCUGCUCUCACUCGGAGACCUCCACCACCACAGAGGUUUUCAAAAAGUCCAAUUUGAAUGUCCGGAUGUCCGCAGGCGCGUCCGGCUGCGCGGAGGCAAACGGCAACGGCGCGCAGCCGCAGGUCUAUUGCUACAAAAUGUGUCUGACACCGGAAUCGUCCAAAAGCGACUUCAUGUUUUUGAAGCCUUACAGUCCGGUGCUGUCAGUUCAGCAGAAUAACGCCAAGAGCACAGAUUAUCUCACUUCUGGCUGGAGCGCACUGGACCGCAAUGAACUGGGCAACAACAGAGCGGCAACUCCAACCGAGCUUAAGUAUUCAAACAAGGACUGGACCUGGACCAAGAACCAACGCAACUCAGCAUACAAGAGGUACAGUUCAGCAAACAUGGAGGGCACUCUCACUCGCAAACAAAAGUCUGAGGCCCAUGGGUUUUCCUGCUCUGUGGCACCACAGUACUGGACUUGGGGGAACCACAUGAAUGACUGCACGAUAUCUCUUCAAGAGGGAGCAGUCCCUCAAUACUCAUGGACCCCCAAGUACACUCAGCCUCACUCUGAACCGCCAGACUACCAGCACAAUGUGUACAUCCCUGGCACCACGUCUGACUACAGCACUCUGAAGCUGGCCCCCAGAGGAGAACUGGAUUUGUACAACACGUUCUCUACUUUUGGAAAGAAAAAGAGAUUCAUCUCAAACUAUGAACAAUCUUUUGACAACGAUGAUAGUCUCAUUGUCAGUAACGACAUCUUCAAAUGAUACACCAACGGUACUGUUUCUGUGUAUGGUCCAGUUCCAGUAAUAAUUGCUUCUCGGGGGCUGACCGACCAGGUUUCCCCAUUUUUCAGUGGAAUUCAAUACGACUCCUUACCACGAGUAUAUUUUGUAUUUGUGUAAAUACUGAAAUAAAGUAUAAAUAAAGUGUAUUUUGAGUCAUGGUGGGAUCAAGUGAAACUGGAGCAGUGGCGGAGAGGGUUCUUCUUAUCCAGCAUGUGAAUUCAGGUAAAAGUGAUUUGGUCUGUUGGGAGGCUUCUGGUUCUCACAGUGAUUGACUCACUUUUAAAAAAGAACACAAAUUCAGCAGCUAACAGUCUAUUACACCCGGCUCAUCCAUGUAGCAAUAACAUUUUAUAUACAGACACACCUUUUUGUCUCACCGGGACACUGUGUGUCAAAAGUGAACUGACUAACUGAAACAGACACUUUACACUUCACUUUGAAGUUGAAGUUUAUUCCUAAAGCUAGCACAUUACAGAUAGUGUGUUGAAUAUAUCUAUAAGUAACAAUCUUUUGUGUAAAUGUUUUCAUGAAUAAUAUGAAUCAACAUUGAAGUAAUGAGUGAAGGCAUGCAACGUGUCCAUCAAACGGGUUGUUUAACAAGCAACAGCUGUGAUUCUACUCACUGGACCUGUGCAGUGGACCGUCACUCUGACACACCACAUUGAACAGUUGACACUUAGGAGCUCAACAACACAGGUGUUUUGAUACUGCAAAUUACACAGACACACACACAAACACACAUACACUUUGUACCACUCAGACUCACCUGCUGAUAUAAUUCAGUCACUGGUUCUAUGAAUUCUAGAUUUGUAUCAGCCAUUGAGUGUGAAUCACUCUGUAUAUAUAAUCUAUGUACAGUAUCGGUCAAUAUUAAUAAAUAUGUCCCUGAACUCUG